AUGUCUAACGUUCUCCUGUUCGGCGAUCAGACCGCCGAGCAAUAUCCUCUCCUCCACCGAAUCGUCCUCCGCAAGGACAAUGCCCUGGUCUCCAACUUCGUUGAGCGUGUUGCUCUCGCCCUGCGUGAGGAGAUUCGCCAGCUCCCACGCAGCCAGCGUGACUCUCUGCCAGCUUUCUUGACUCUCAGCAACUUGAUCGAGGCCUACUACCAGAAGGGCGUCAAGGUGCCAAUGCUGGAGUCUGCUUUCGUCACUGUUGCUCAGAUUGGACACUACAUUGGAUACUUCUCUGAGCACCCAGCCGAGCUCCCAGCUGCUACCAACACCCGUGUGCUGGGUCUCUGCACUGGUCUUCUCGCUGCAUCUGCAGUCGUUUCCGCCAAGACCGUCGAGGAGCUUGUUCCUCUCGGUGUCGAAUUCGUCCGCGUGGCAUUCCGCUCCGGUGCCGUCGUCGACAGCGUCCGCUCUGUUCUGAGCCAGCCUGGCCAGGAGAACGCACCAUGGUCUACCAUCGUCACUGGCACCAAUGAGCCAGCAGCAAAGAAGGCUUUGGCUGCUUUCCACAAAGAGGCGGGCAUCCCACAAUCGAACCAGGCCUUUGUGAGCGCCGUCUCCACCAUGGCUAUCACUGUCUCUGGCCCACCGGCCACUGUCGAGCGUUUCUUCAAGGAGGGAUCCCUCUCGCAGAACAACCGCGUGCCAAUUCCAGUGUACGGUCCUUACCACGCUGAGCACCUCUUCGGCCAGGCCGAGUACGAGAGAAUCUUGUCUGGCGAGGUCGGCCGUGAGCUCAGGAAGCACCUCCCAGCAUCAUUGGUUCACUCCGCCGCCACUGGCAAGCCCAUUGUUGCCGAGAACUCCUACGAGCUUGCCAAGAUCGCUCUCGGUGAGAUGCUUCAGUACCCAGUCCGCUGGGACUACCUUCUCGAGGAGGUUGUCUCCCAGAUGGUCGCCAGCAAGUUCGGUGCUAAGAUCUACGCUCUUGGUGUCAGCAAUGUCGCCAACAGCCUCGUCUCUGCCUUGAAGGCAGGUGGUCAGACCAAUGUCUCCGUUGUCGACCACUCUGUCUUCGUUACCCAGAGCGAAUACGUCGGCCGCACUCAGAACGACAAGGUCGCCAUUGUCGGCAUGGCUGGCCGCUACCCCAACGCUGCCAACCACGAGGCUCUCUGGGACCUGCUCAUGAAGGGUCUCGAUGUCCACCGCAGAAUCCCUGCCGACCGUUUCGACGCUGAUGCUCACGUCGACCCAUCUGGCAAGGGCAAGAACAAGUCGCACACUCCUUUCGGCUGCUUCAUCGACGAGCCAGGUCUUUUCGACCCUCGUUUCUUCAACAUGUCUCCUCGUGAGGCUGCUCAGACUGAUCCUAUGGGUCGUCUUGCUUUGGUCACCGCCUACGAGGCCCUCGAGAUGUCCGGAUACGUGCCAAACCGCACUCCUUCCACCCAGCUCCACCGAAUUGGUACUUUCUACGGUCAGACCUCCGAUGACUGGCGUGAGAUCAACGCGGCUGAGAAUGUCGACACUUACUUCAUCACUGGUGGUGUGCGUGCCUUUGCUCCUGGCCGUAUUAACUACUACUUUAAGUUCUCUGGUCCUUCGUACUCGAUCGACACUGCUUGCUCCUCAUCCCUGGCUGCCAUCCAGCUCGCUUGCACUUCGCUGUGGGCCGGUGACUGCGACACUGCCAUCGCUGGUGGUCUCAACGUCUUGACCAACCCCGACAUUUUCUCGGGUCUGUCCAAGGGUCAGUUCUUGUCGAAGACCGGCUCUUGCAAGACCUACGACAAUGCCGCUGAUGGUUACUGCCGUGGUGAUGCUUGCGGUUCCGUCAUCCUCAAGCGUUACGAGGAUGCCAUCGCCGACAAGGACAACAUCCUCGGCUGCAUCCUCGGUGCCGCCACCAACCACUCUGCUGAGGCUGUCUCCAUCACUCACCCCCACGCUGGUGCCCAGGAGUUCCUCUACAAACAGGUCUUGGCCAACGCUGGUGUCGAUGCUCACGAGAUCAGCUAUGUCGAGAUGCACGGAACUGGUACUCAGGCUGGUGACGGCAUUGAGAUGACCUCUGUCACCAACGUCUUCGCUCCCCGCCACCGCCAGCGCAAGCCAGAGGAGAAGGUCUACCUCGGUGCCAUCAAGGCCAACGUUGGUCACGCCGAGGCUGCAUCCGGUAUCAACUCUCUCGGCAAGGUGUUGAUGAUGAUGAAGCACAACAAGAUCCCCGCCAACGUCGGUGUCAAGGGCGAGCUGAACAAGUCUUUCCCAGCUGACUUGAAGGACCGCAAUGUCCACAUCUCCCUCAAAGAGGUUGACUGGCCACGCAAGACCGCCGCUCCUCGCAAGGUCUUCCUCAACAACUUCUCGGCUGCCGGUGGUAACACCGCACUCCUGCUCGAGGAUGGCCCACUCCCCGAAGCACCCAAGGCCACUGACCCCCGUGGCACUCUCCCUGUCACCGUCACUGCCCGCUCGAUUGCCUCGCUCAAGCGCAACAUUGCCAAUCUCCAGAACUACAUCAAGGAGAACGGCAGCACCACCCUGCCAUCCCUGUCCUACACCUUGACUGCUCGUCGCAUCCAGCACAACUACCGUGUCGCCUUCCCUCUGUCCGACAUUGGCAAGGUCAACGAGGCUCUCCAGGCUCAGGUCAAGGAUUCGUACAACCCAGUCCCAAUGGUCUCCACCAAGACUGCGUUCUGCUUCACUGGCCAGGGCUCGCAGUACACUGGUCUCGGCCAGAAGCUCUACCAGGACCUGAAGAGCUUCCGCGACGACAUCAACCAGCUCGAUCAACUCGCCCGCAUCCAGGGCCUGCCAUCCUUCCUCGAGCUACUCGAUGGCACUGAUGUCCAGACUCUCUCCCCAGUCAAGGUGCAGCUCGGCAUGGCCUGUAUCCAGGUUGCUCUUGCACGUAUGUGGGCUUCUUGGGGCAUCACCCCCACUGCGGUCAUCGGCCACAGCUUGGGUGAGUAUGCUGCUCUCCACGUCGCUGGUGUCAUCUCUGCUUCCGACAUGGUUCUCCUUGUUGGUCGCCGUGCUGAGCUCCUCGUCCGUGACUGCACCCCCCACACUCACGGCAUGUUGGCUGUCAAGGGCAGUGCUGAGGCCAUCCGCAGCACUCUCGGCAGCAAGAUGACUGAGAUUGCCUGCAUCAACGGCCCAGAGGAGACUGUCCUCUGCGGCAGCGGCGAUGUCGUCGGUGCUGCCAACGAGACCCUCACUCAACGUGGAUUCAAGGCCACCAAGCUCAACGUGCCUUUCGCCUUCCACUCUGCUCAGGUCGACCCCAUCCUCGACCAGUUCAAGAAGAUCGCCUCCUCGGUCACUUUCAACAAGCCAUCCGUGCCUGUCCUCUCCCCUCUUGAGGGUGAAAUCAUUCGUGAGGCUGGCAUCAUCAGCCCAGAGUACCUGGCCCGCCACGCUCGUGAGACCGUCAACUUCUGGACUGCCCUCACCAGCGGCCAGAAGGAGAAGAUCUUCGAUGAGAAGACUGCUUGGCUCGAGGUUGGUGCUCACCCAGUCUGCUCUGGUAUGGUCAAGGCUUCUAUCGGUGCCACUGUCACUGCACCAUCCCUCCGCCGUGGUGAGGAUGCAUGGAAGACCAUUGCCAACAGCAUCUGCCAGCUCUUCAUCGCCGGUGUUGCUAUGAACUUCGAUGAGUACCACCGUGAGUUCAACGAUGCUCAGGCGCUCCUCCAACUCCCAACGUACUCUUUCGACAACAAGAAGUACUGGCUCGACUACCACAACAACUGGACCCUCACCAAGGGCGAGGCGCCAAAGACCAAGGAGGUUGUCGUCGAGAAGGAGAGUGCUCCGGUGCCAGCCGUCGAGAUCCCCGCCAAGCGCCUCUCGACUUCUUGCCAGAAGGUCAUCAGCGAGGAGUUCAGCGCCAACCAGGCUCGCGUUGUCAUCCGUUCCAGCUUGGCCGACAGCAAGCUUUACCCAGUCGUCUGUGGACACAUGGUCAACAACGCUGCUCUCUGCCCAUCUUCGCUCUACGCUGACAUGGCUUUGACCGUUGGUGACUACAUCUACAAGGAGAUGAAUCCAGGCAGCGAGUCUCCAGGUAUCAACGUCUGCAACAUGGAGGUGCCUAAGCCAUUGAUUGCCCAGAUCCCACAGCCACCUCAGGGCCAGCACAUCGAGAUGGAGGCCAACGCCGACCUUGCCCAAGGCAUCGUCAAGCUCCAGUUCCGCAGCGUCCAGCCCGAUGGCAAGAAGAUCCAGGACCACGCCCACUGCAUUGUCCGCUACGAGGAUAAGGCUGCUUGGGCCGACGAGUGGGCUCGCUACAACUUCAUGGUCAAGGCUCAGAUCGACAUGCUCACGGCCAAGACCAUGACCGGUGGUGCCCACAAGGUCCAGCGCGGCAUGGCCUACAAGCUGUUCAAGGCUCUUGUCAACUACGACAGCAAAUACCGUGCCAUGGCUGAGGUCGUCCUCGACGGUGCCAACACUGAGGCUUCCGCCACUCUCGACUUCCCCACCAAGCCAGAUGAUGGUGACUUCUACUGCCCGCCAUACCACAUUGAUGGCUCUUGCCAUAUCUCUGGCUUCAUCGUCAACGCCUCUGACCUUCUCGACUCCGAGCAGAACGUCUACGUGUCCCACGGCUGGGGUGCCAUGAAGUUCUCCAAGCCUUUGACUGCCGGCAUGCGCCUCCGCAACUACGUUCGCAUGCUGCCCCAGCCAAACAACAUCUCCAAGGGUGACGUCUACAUCAUGCAAGGUGAUGAGAUCGUGGCUGUCUGCGAGGGCAUCAAGUUCCAGCAGAUCCCACGCCGUGUCCUCAACACCUUCCUGCCACCAAACAAGGGUUCUGCUGCCCAGGCCGCCCCAGCUCCAGCACCAGUUGCUGCUUCAUCGGCUGUUCGUGCCACCCCAGCUCGUGCUCCCGCACCAGCCCCCAUCAAGGUUGCUCCAGUGCCAAAGCCUGUCGCUGCCACUCCGGUUACCGCCACCAAGGCACCAAAGCAGCGCAAGGUGUCCGCCCCCAAGAAGACCGCCGGUGGUCUUACCGACAAGGUCAUGAGGAUCCUGGCCAAGGAGACUGAGGUUGACGUGUCUGAAUUGGUUGACGAAGCACACUUCGAGAACCUCGGUGUUGACUCGCUCCUCUCCCUCACCAUCUCUGCCAUCUUCCGUGAGGAGCUCGACAUGGAGAUCAGCUCUUCUCUCUUCACUGACUACCCAACCGUCGGCGAGAUGAAGAAGUACUUUGCUCAAUUCGAUAACGGCGCGGCUGCUUCUGCACCUGAAGUUGAGGACGACUCUGACGACGACAGCAUCCCACCAACUGACGUUCCUACCCCUCUUGAGAUGAUCUCGACUCCUGCCAGCAGCGCGCCAAGCGUUGCGCCAAGCGACGCUGGCAAGCCUGAGCUCGACUCACCAACCCGCGAGACCCUCGCCGAUGUUGGUGAUGUUUCCCUCGCUCGCCACGUCGUUGCCCAAGAGAUGGGCGUCGAUAUCUCAGAGAUUACCGAUGAUGCUGAUCUGUCUGAGCUCGGUAUGGACUCCCUGAUGUCUCUUACCAUCCUCGGUGAGCUCCGUGAGAAGACCGGCAUCGAUCUCCCAUCGACCUUCCUCUCUACCAACCCAACCAUCUUGGACAUUGAAAACGCUCUCGGUAUGCGCCCCAAGGCCAAGGCCGCCGCCCCAAAAGCAAAGCCGGCCGCCCCAAAGUCUUCGACAAAGACUGACUUGAACGAGGUUUCCGCUAGGUUAGCGGCCAUCAACAAGACCGACAUUUCCAAGUACCCUGCCGCCACCAGCGUCCUGCUCCAGGGCAACGCGAAGGUUGCUACCAAGAAGAUCUUCUUCCUGCCCGAUGGAUCCGGCUCGGCCACCAGCUACGUUUCGAUCCCAAACCUCGGUCCUGAUGUUGCGGCGUACGGCCUAAACUGCCCUUUCAUGAAGGACCCGGAGCAAUGGACUUGCGGCAUUGAGGUUUCGUCUCUCAUUUACCUCGCGGAGAUCAAGCGCCGUCAACCGAAGGGCCCAUACAUCCUCGGUGGCUGGUCAGCAGGUGGUGUGAUUGCCUACGCCGUCUCGCAAGCGCUCCUCGCCGCCGGUGAGAAGGUUGAGAAGCUCCUGCUCCUCGACUCUCCUUGCCCAGUCGACCUUGCUCCUCUCCCUGCCCGCCUUCACAUCUUUUUCAACGAGAUCGGUCUCCUCGGCACCGGCGACCCAACCAAGACCCCCAAGUGGUUGCUGCCUCACUUCUCCGCUGCCAUCCGAUCGCUCUCAGACUACGACCCGAAGCCCACGAUCGGCCCAAUGCCUACCUAUGCCGUGUGGUGCAGAGAUGGCGUUGCCGGCAACCCAGGCGACCCACGCCCCCCGCCAGCUGAGGAAGAGGACCCAGCGCCUAUGGUGUGGUUGCUCGAGAACAGGCACGAUUUCGGUAGUAAUGGAUGGGAGCAACUUUGCGGACCCAGCAUGAAGUUCGGGGUGAUGGGUGGCAACCACUUCUCAAUGAUGAAGGAUCCCCAUGCAGCAGACCUUGGCAAGUUGAUCCGCGAGGGCUUGGACUGGCGGGCAUAA